AUUUUAAUGGUUAAAAUUAAAUGUGUGUAGUUUGCUAGUAAUUUACAGAAAAUUGCGUACAAAACAACAGCAUAAGGUCGUCUGCUGUUGACACUUCCACUCUAGUUAUGACAUGUUAAAGAAGAAAACAGUAAGUACGUGACCUUCAGUGACCUUCUCUUUGACCUGACAUCCUGCGUGCCGACCAUGUUGAAGUUCAUUCUAAUCAUCUCUAAGCAAGGUCAGACUCGCCUUGCUCAGUACUAUGACGAGAGACGAGGGUUGUCCGAGAGGACAUCUCUUGAAGGGGAGCUGAUCAGAAAGGUUCUCCUGCGAGGAACCAAAGGGUGUUCCUUUCUGGAUUAUCAAGAUUUUAAAGUUGUCUACCGGCGUUACUUGUCUCUGUACUUUCUUGUCGGGAUUGACAAAGAAGAGAAUGAAGUUGCCAUUCUUGAAUUCAUCCACUUGAUUGUUGAAACCCUGGACAAAUAUUUCCCGAAAGUGACUGACUUGGAUAUCAUGUUUAACCUUGACAAGGUGUACCACAUACUGGAUGAGAUGGUUAUGAAUGGAUGCAUCGUUGAGACCAGUAAAACUAAAAUCUUGGAACCAGUCAAGUUGAUGGAGAGCCAACGAUGAAGGACAGUGAUCAAUGAAAGAUUCAUAUCCAGUUACUCUGUCCAGAAGCAAGGCAUGCAGUCUUGGUGCAAGACCUUGUUAUUCACUAACACUCACUAAUAGCGCGAUCCCCUGCUCUAACAAUAGCGGGUGCUAUUGGAAAAACUUCAAGAUCACCCAACCACACCACACUCAAAACACUCUGGCUGGCGGGAUAGGGGCUUACAGAAUAACCUCUAUCUGUGAAACAGUUGCGACGUGUGUAGCAUCGAGUAUACUGGGGCCUAUGGUAUAGGACUGAUACUUCAAGGAGGCAAUGAAGGCGAUUGCCUCUGUGUCCCCUGGUCAUUGCAUCCCUUGGUGCCCUAAAAAAUACCCUAGUGAAAAUUUGCAAAUUCCAAAUAGGCUGCCCCUUAUCAAGGAGAAAAUGCCUUCCAAGGUACCCUUGCCCUUUCAAAAACGAUGCAUACAGGCCCGAUGGUAUUACCAUAGAGGUUGACCAACUCAACAAGAACAUCUUGCAGUGUCUUGCACAAUGACUAUAGGCAUGGGAUACACCACUGUAUGGCCAGUGGUUAUGAAUUGGUUGUCAAUUGGCGCCUCAAUGAAAGAGGUCAAACUAAAAGUCCUUCAACCUAUAGACCAACUACAAGUGAUGCAGGCCGCGCCAUCAUUGUAUUUGUAGGGACUCUGGCAUCGUAAGAUUUUGUAUAAAAAAAAAGUGAUUGAAACUUUUUGUUUUCAAAUUAUUUGCUAUUAUAUUUAUUUUUUUAUACACAACACAAUCUCACAGCUGAUAUUAUUAAUUGUACAAAUAUCUAAAGACACUCAUGAAACUAAACACACCAUUGUAAAAACAAUUAUUAUAUUUAUUCUGCGGUAUUUUUUGUUGGUUAGAUUUACAGUGUACCUUGUUUCAUGAGCCAAAAGACCUUAUGCAUGUGAUGUCACAGGACAAGGGCUCCCUCGCUCAGAGGUCAAAUAAAGGCUAAUGUAUGCGCCUUGCGUAUUUCAACCGCCUUUUCCCUAUUGUUUUACCUCAAAGAUGGCGGGCCAGAUGACAUCAAUGCAUAAGGUCUGUGAUCUGCAUUCACUUAAUAUAAAUGCAAAUCUAUCUAGAAAAUGCCAUAAUAUUAAUUCAUUGUUCGGAAGAGAAAAAAAUGAUUAAAUGGAAUAAGCCAGCUGCCAUCUUUGAAAUGUUCCCUGGGUCCAGUUUCAUAGAGCCGCUUAAGCAGUCAAUAGUGCUUAUAAAUUUCCUACUUAGCAACAAUAUGCAGGAAACCAGUCACAAAUGGUACAUGUGACAAUGGGCCGGAUAAAUAAAAACUAGCAAUUACUUAUCAAGUUAA